AUGGAUAUCCAAGCGGGUGAAACCGGUAUAAAGCCCAAGGUGAUCAUCGGACACGGUGACAAUUUCUACUGGACGGGAAUAAAUAGCCUAGAGGGUCGUGACUCGCGCUUCGCCACGACAUUCGAAGAGAAAUUUAAUGGUAGAAACAUCAAGACGAUCCCGUGGGUGAAUGUAAUGGGCAACCACGACUACGGUGGUGCCAGCUACGUGUGCAACCAGGGAGACAACAACGCCCGAUGCGCCAACACGGCUGCACUACUGCAAGCUCUGGACUACAAGUUCAAGUGGCAAUCGGAGUACACGAGUCCGAACGACAACCGCUGGAACCUGGACGACCACUUCUACGUGCACCAUAUCGAGGACGCAGCUACGGGCGUGAGUAUCGACAUUUUCAACGUUGAAACAAACGAUGCUGACGUUCACGGAGCCCACCUCAUCUGCUGUCAAUGCUACGGAUACUCGAAUGGUGACAGCAAGGGGUGCAACAGCGUAGCUAGAGGAGACAAAUAUUGUUGUGGUGGUGACACGGCCAUGUACGAUGCCUGCUUUGAUAAGUUCGCAGACUGGGGAAAAGACUCGCGUAGUCAACUGGCAGAGAAAGUGAAACAGUCGACGGCGACGUGGAAGAUUGUUAACAGUCACUACGGACCGUACGAUCACUACGCUGAAGCCGGGAUGAACAAGUGGGUCGAUGUUCUAAGAGGCUCUGGCAUCCAGGCUUUCCUGUAUGGUCACACUCAUGGUGAAAAGCACGAUUACUCGGAAUCAUUGGCCUUGCAUUUUGUGGAGAAUGGCGCUGGAGGUGGCAUCCAGAAGGAGUCUGCGAGUGGCAUCCCGCCGUUUGCGACCGCCUACGCGAAGAAUAUGUGGUCGUACUCUGGCGACGAGUACGGAUUCUUCUCUUUGGAAGCUUCGAAUGAUUGGCUAAAGCUCCAGUACCAUACAACUGACAGCAAAUGGUCGUUCACGGAGAAGUUCGCUAAUACAACGGUUGGCGGCGUAGCGACCAAGUACUGCUGGUACAUUCCCGUCGAUGGCAGCGAAGGAAAAGCGUGCUAG